GAGGCGGGAACCGCUGUGGAUUGCUGGAGUCCGCCGGGACCAGCACCGCGUGGUAGUCGCUGCAGUCCGCUGCCCGCAGACUUUGGACCUCGGAGACAUGGUCUGUACCCAGAAAGAGCUCGUCAGGUGGACUCUCUCAGUUUGUGUGGAGUAUGAACUGGGAGCAUCGCGUACGCCCGGAAGAAGGCGAGGGCGGCCAGGUCGCGCUGUCUCUUUAAGAACGCUCUCCUGCUAACUGAGACCAUGCAGAGGCCUCCAUGGCUGUGAUAAGCCUCAUGUUCUUGGCAGUGAUGUAUGUUGUUCACCACCCCCUGAUGGUCAGUGACCGCAUGGACCUGGACACGCUAGCUAGGAGUCGGCAGCUGGAGAAGCGAAUGAGCGAGGAGAUGCGGCAGUUAGAGAUGGAGUUUGAAGAGAGGAGCCGAGCCGCUGAGCAGAAGCAGAAAGUGGAGAACUUCUGGAGAGGGGAUACAUCCAGUGACCAGUUAGUGCUGGGGAAGAAGGACAUGGGAUGGCCCUUCCAGGCCGGUGGCCAAGAUGGGGGGCCUCUGGGCUGGAUACUGGGAAACCUGUGGAAUGCAGGCCUCUUUUGCCUUUUUCUCAUCUUUGAGCUCCUACGACAGAGCAUGCAGCACGAGCCAGCCUUUGAGUCCAGCAGCGAGGAGGAAGAGGAAGAGAUCCGUGUCGUGCCCGUCUCCUCUUACACCCGGCUCUCUGAUUUUCCCUCCCAGGAAGCCCUGGAAGCCUUUUACAAACAUUAUAUCCAAAAUGCCAUCCGUGACCUGCCCUGCACCUGUGAGUUUGUGGAGAGCUUUGUGGAUGAUCUCAUUGAGGCCUGCCGGGUGCUCAGCCGCCGGGAGGCUCACCCACAGUUGGAGGACUGCCUGGGCUUUGGGGCUGCCUUUGAGAAGUGGGGAACCCUCCACGAGACCCAGAAUUUCGAUGUCCUGGUGCCCAUUGUCCCUCCCCAGGGCACUAUGUUUAUCUUGGAGAUGAGAGAUCCGGCUCUGGGCCGUCGUUGUGGCUGUGUGAAGGUGGACUCUGAGUGCAUGUGCAAGCAUGAGAAGCUCUUGGGGGAUGUGUUGUGCCUGGUGCACCACAGGGACCACUCAGCCAUGUUGAGCAAGUGUACUAGCUCCAUCAAGGCAGCUCUCUGCACCAGCUCGCACCUGGACGUGUGUAAGACCGUGCAGUGGUUCCGAAACAUGGUGAGCAAUGCCUGGGCACUAGUGGCCCACAAAUACGACUUUAAGCUCACUUUCCCACCGUCCACCACCUCCUGCAAGCUCAGGUUGGGUUACCGCUCAGGCCGCUCUCUGUCCAUCAGUUUGGUUCUAGGGGUGCAACGGGAAGAUACCUUGGUCUACCUGGUGAGUCAGGCCCCCGAGCAAGAACAGCUCACCAGUGUGGAUUGGCCUGAGUCCUUUGCAGCUUGUGAACACUUGUUUCUGAAGCUGGUGGGGCGCUUUGCCCCUGAGAACACCUGCCACCUCAAGUGCCUGCAGAUCGUUUUGAGUCUUCAGGACCAUCAGAUCUUACCCCCGGGAGCAUCUCGCCCCAUUCUCACCUCCUACCACUUCAAGACAGCCCUCAUGCACUUGUUGCUACGACUGCCUCUGACAGACUGGCAGCACAGUAUGCUCUCUCUGCGCCUCCAGGACCUCCUCUGGUUCUUAGGCCGAGGCCUCCAGCAAAGGUCUCUCCAUCAUUUCCUCAUUGGUAACACCUACCUGCCCCUGACCAUACCCAUUCCUAAGGCAUUUCGGAAUGCUGAGCCUGUCAAUCUUUUCCAGCACCUGGUACUAAACCCAGUGGCACACUCGCAGGCAGUGGAGGAAUUCCACAACCUUUUGGCCCAGGUGAAAACUCUACCUUGCUCCCCAGUGGCUGGAGGACUUUAAUGGAAAGACCAUUAAAAUAUAUACAUGUAGAUAGGUAUUGCUGAUUCCUCAGGCUGCAAAUGUGACUGACCUUCGCCUUGCCCGUGGGAAGAAGGCUGCAGCCAGUGGAGCCUGAUCUGGGAGAGCUGGGGGUGGCUGAGGGCUUAUCUCCUGACUUAAUUUCAGUCAUGACCUAAAGAAAGUAAAAGUGCGUGAAAACAAAUGUUAUGGGAGGGGAUUGCCGCUGUGGCACUGAGAUCCUGUUGAACUGCAUUUUGUAUCAACCCUGGAAGCCAAAGCUCCAGCGAUCCCUCCGUGCUAGCUCAGUUCUUUCUGUGACUGGCUCCGUGUUCCCUGUGAAACAGCUUGUGUUGCACUGUUAGCGUAAUUCCCACCCAAACUGAUGCCUCCCACCUUUCUCCCUUGAAGCGACAGCCACAGUUUAUACUUCAAGAUGUAAGUUUUCAUGACUGGUUUGAAAGCACAACCAAGAUGUUUCUUUUCUUUUCUUUCUUUCUUUCUUUCUUUUUUUUUUUUUUUUUUUUUUUUUUUUUGAGACAGGGUUUCUCUGUGUAGCCCUGACUGUCCUAGAACUCACUCCAUAGACCAGGCUGGCUUUGAACUUAUAGAGAUCCACUUGCCUCUGCCUCCCAAGUGCUGGGAGUGUAUGCUGCCACUGUCAGACAAAGAUGUAUUUGUAGUUCAUGUGUAUGAGUGUUUUGUCUGCAUUCUAAUCUAUGCAUCAUACGCAUGUAAUACCUGCAGAGGACAGGAGAGGGCAUUAGUUCCCCUGGACCUGGAGUUAAAGAUGGUUGUGAGCUGCUGUGUGGGUGCUAGGAAUUUAGCUUGGAUCCUCUGGAAGAGCAGCCAGUGCUCUUUAACCACUGAGCCAACUUUCCAGCCCCAUUCUUUUCUUUUUCUUCAUUGGCACACAAAUUUAUAGCUGUUUUUGUGUGUCUGAGUACUCAAAUAUUUGUUAGUUUUGAUUCAUUAUGAGUUAGUGGUGACUCAUCCCAUUUUAAGAAAAUGUGUUUCCUAGACUUAGUGAAACCAGCGACACCUGAUGACCCUCCUCGUUCCUGGAAGCGCUAUUAGAAAGCUCUUCCUGGUGAUGAUUUUCUGGGGGCUCUACGAUGGACAAUCUGUUUCCUAGAGAGUGGCCUGUUUGUUACAUGGAAAGGCUGAGCUGCCGCUCACUGUGCGUUCCUCUGGUGAUGGCUUUCCAUUUUCUUUUCAAAGAUGACACAGAGGUUUCUUGAACUUUGUGGUUUUGAAACGAGGAGUCCCCACAAUCCAGGCCGGUUGCCAGGCCUGGGCAGGAAGGCCUGUGAAGUAGAUCAGUUCCAAGAGCCCUGAUUGUAGUCGGUGACUGUCACGUUUUCCUCUUGUUCCAAAACCUGCAUCUUGAGUAUUAAAAAAAUAGUUAUGGGUGUGGUUGUUUUUGAAGUAUCAAAGCUGUUCUGUACCCAACACUGCCAGGAAAUCUGGGAAGGAGACCCUGGCCCUUCGUUUGACUUUCCCUCUGCAGUUGGUGAGGAAGGAGGUAUCAGAUGCUAGCCUUUGGGGUUUCUGUGGAGGGAUCCAUACCAUAGCCAAAAAUAAAAGAAUUCUAGAAACGUAUGUCAAUCUUUGAAAUUCUUGCUACACAGAGGUAUAGUAUUCUCCAUGUUACCUGCUUUCCAGGUAAAAGGAUGCGGUGAUGCCUCUGUGCUGGUGGGAAUUCUGUUUUUAAGAUGUCUGUAGACUUUUGAGAAAACUAUCUGCUUCUAUAUUAACUCCAAUAAAAAUGUAUGGAGGCUGGUCUCUGUA